AUGGUGCCUUCCAAGUUCCAUGCCGUCAAUCCGUCUGAACUGGCUUUCCGACUUGCAACCAUCGGUGCUUUCCGUGAGGCAUUCAAAUUUGCGAAGGGUGUUACUUUGGAGCCAAUCGUGCAUAUGACAAGAAUAUUGAAGUCGCUGCUCAUUUAUAUAUUGUUCGUUCUCUCUCUCAUGCUCUUUGGCGACUCUAGGUCAAAUUAUUAG